GAUGGGGGACCUUGUUAACAGGACUACGCGGCAGGCCAUUUGCCUGGCAGAGAGCAGUGUUGUUUUCGGGGCCUAUACUUCCGUCAUUUUAUAUUUGACUUUAUAAACACAAGGGACGUUGUUGCAUGUGUAGCCUUGCUGUGCGUGCUGUAGCAAUAUCCCUCAGGAUCCAGCUGGAUGAAUAAAUCCGUGCUUUGCCGCAGCUGGGGAACUUGUUUCAUAGCGGAGGCAGCCUGGAUCUCCCCCUGAAAUAAGCAGACGUCAGAGACCUCGCCUGCUCGCUGCCGCUGCUGCUGCUGCUGUUACAUUUUAUUGCAAACUAAUCACAGCAUUGUUUGCGGGAUUACACUGCUGCCACAUGCACUAUGUGGCGAGGUGGAUGGCACGCCGGUGGUAGCUGUUAGACGUUUAUCGGCUUUUUUUUUAGUUUUAAACACCGUGCCUUGGCGGAAAGGAGAGGAUUUCGUUUUAUUUAAGGUCAAGUGACAAUGAAUGAGCAGGAUAGUGGUGUGGUGUCGUUUGAUGAAUAUGUGCGGCAGAAGGCCCGCACUGUGCCUCAGCACAGGAUGAAGGAGUUCCUGGAGUCCCUCGCCAAGGGCCCAGAAGUGCUGCAGGAGUUCAGCCAGCAGGGAGGGGCGACCACCACCACAGCCAUGGUGUACCAGCAGCAGGGCACCAACUGUGUCUACACGGACAGCACAGAGGUGGCUGGCUCUCUCUUAGAGUUAGCUUGCCCGGUACAGGUGACCUCGGCUGAGAUUUCACCUCAGCUAUCUGUCCAUCAAAGCUCUGAACAGCAGCUUCAAGUGCAGGUUCAGAUCCAGGAACAGCAGGACCUGCAGGGAAUCUCAACAGCCCACCUCGUCCCACAGGGAGAACUCACAGAGGAGCAACAACAGCAGAUUCAGGCACAGCUGGUUGCAGCUGUAGCAGGAGGACAACAAAUUCAGUUGUCAAGUGGACAACAAAUCCAGCUACAAGGAACGCAGCAGAUUCAGCUGCCGGAUGGCCAACAUAUUCAACUCGAGGCUGGUCAACAGAUUCAACACAUUCAGCUACAAGGUGGCCAACAGAUUCAGCUGCAAGGUGGUCAGCAUAUUCAGCUACAAGGUGGCCAACACAUUCAGCUACAAGGGGGCCAACAAAUUCAGCUACAAGGUGGUCAGCAGAUCCAGCUGCAAGGGGGCCAACAGAUCCAGAUCCAGACAAUAGAGGCCAUGUCUCCCUCCCACCAGCAGGACUCUCCCAGGGAGACAGACAGGAGGUCCGGUACUGUCUCAACUGUUCUCCAACCUGCCAAGAAGCGUAAGGUGGAUGUUCCCCUAGCAGUGUCCUAUGCCGUUCCACAGGGCCAGCAAGUGGCCACAGUUCUAGCCAUCCCUCAAGGGCAGCAGCAAAGUUAUGUGUCCCUAAGACCAGAUUUGCUCACUGUUGACAGUGCUCAACUGUACAGCACUACGGGAACAAUCACAGGUCCCACAGGGGAGACCUGGACCAUCCCUGUUUAUUCGACUCCACAACAGCAGGGUGUAACUCACAUUGCCAUACCACAGGAGUCGUACAGCACAGUGCAAGUUACUACAGCCAACGGUAAGGACAAAAUGUCCCCCAGUUCCUCAAUAAGGUCUGCAGAUGUGCAGUCAGCCUCUACCGGGACUCAGGAAGAAAUAGUACAGACACUGUUCCCGGCGCAGUUCAUGAACGGGAACAUUCACAUCCCUGUGGCGGUACAGACUGUAGAUGGGACUUACAACACUACACAGUCGGUACACAUAUGGGACCCAAAUCAACAGCAGAGCCAAGGAGAAGAGGGACAAGAGCAGCAGCUCCAUCUGCAGGGUCAAGUGGAGACGGAGGCUCAUGCAGAACCACCUUCGGAAAUUCUGGUUCCUGUCUGUCUGAAGCCAGAGGAGGGCCUGGAGGUCUGGCGCCUCUGGGUGAAGCGAAAAAACCUAGAGCUGAGCAAGCAGGAAAAGACAAAGCUUGCACCCAUAGGACGUCGUCAGCCUCUGCGUUUUCAAGAAGACUUGGUGUCCAGCGCAGUAGCUGAGCUAAACUUGGGUCUUUCCCUGAUGACGCAGGAGGCACGAGGAUCAGACGAAGAACAAUUUUCACCGGAUGUUCUAUAUUAUGUUUUCUUGUGUAUACAAAAGUAUCUGUCCGAAAAUGGACGAGUGGACGAUAUUUUCUCUGAUCCAUAUUACAUUCGUUUCUGUGAGUGUUUACACAAAAUCCUGGAUGGUUGGAGACCCAGUAUCCAUCCUUUAGGUUACGUCAUUCCAAGUCAUGUGACAGAGGAGAUGCUGUGGGAGUGUAAACAGCUUGGUGCCCAUUCACCAGGCACCUUGCUAACAACUCUAAUGUACUUCAACACUAAGUUUUUCCGCCUGAUAACACCUGAACAGCACAUGAAAGUAGCUUUCUCUAAGGUCUUGAGACACACAAGGAAGAACCCUACUAAUGCCAAGGACAAAGCGACCAGCAUCCGCCUUCUGAAAGGACAAAGUCCACACAAUGCCGGACAAAAAGGAACUGAUGACAUGUAUGAAGAGCAGAUCGAGGAUCCAGAGAAUCCUCUUCGAUGUCCCAUUAAACUUUAUGACUUUUAUCUCUUCAAAUGUCCUCAAAGCGUUAAAGGACGUAAUGACGCAUACUACAUGACUCCAGAGCCUGUCGUUGCGCCGAACAGCCCGAUGUGGUACUCGUCUCAGCCCCUCCUGAGUCAGCAAGUGGAGCAGAUGCUGGCACGCAUCAUCGUGGUGCGAGAGAUCCAGGAGAUCAUCGGCGCCGGUCCAGAGAACGUGAGCUAAGCUGAGAGGACUGACUCACAGGAGAUAGUUGUCCAGUCACUGAUUGCUGACUAUGCAGUACCCAUCCUGACUCGAUAAACCUCACUGGCCAUCUCAAAAAAAAAUUUUUUGAACUUGUGAAACAAGCGUUUCUCUUUGAGGAGUGCAUCAUGACAGCACGUGCCAGAUUCAAAGCAGUUUUCUCUUCUAGUAAUUUCUGUUUUCAGCUGAUGGGGUAAACUGUUAAACUUUCUCUUGACUACCUUUUUUUAAGCCCUUGCCUCUGUAACCUUUGAACUGAAAAGUAAGCAAGGCUUAAGUCAGUCUUAUCGAUUAUAAUAUGAGGAUAUUUAACCCUUCGCUCUUUAACCUCACAGACCAUUAACCACGUCUUACUUCUCAUUACGGUCCCAACCUGAUACAUUACAUCUUAAUGUUACAGGGACCACUGCUCUCAACUUUUUUUGUAUACUGCAUUUUGGAUCAUGUAUUGAUAUGUACAAAGCUGAAGAACUUGUGCCUGUUUUCAAAAAUGACGUCAUAAUUUAUGCUUGUGGAUCAUUGAGUGUGUUUAACCUCAAAUAUUCACAAGGUCAAGUGCUAUAUUGUAGUCAUUCAGGAGAUUGGAAACAUUUUUCUCAGGUCAAAGCCAGUGAUUGAAACCCCCAUAAAGGAUUUUUGCCAACUUA